GAGAGAGAGAGAGAGAGAGAGGAAGAACAGGAGUGAUGAGGAGGGUGCAGAGAGCAAUGCAGGCUGCAGCAGAUACUCAGUAAAGAGAAGAAGAGGAAUGCAAAAAGGGAGAGAGUGUUGGAAGAUCUUGAGACCUCUGUGCAGAGCUGCUCACAUGCAGCUGUCAUUGUGAGCGUGCUCAGACCACCAUGCUGCCCUGCAGGAUGCUCGUCGUCGGUCUUCUCUACUGCUGCAUCAAAGCGGGAGUCAAGACGACCAAACAAGGUAGGAGCUGAAGUGAAGCUCAGUUCUUAAUGCGUGAUGCAUGUGGCUGCAAGAAAACCUUCCUGACUGGUAUCUGUAAGCCUUUUCAGAGAAGAAGAAAAAAGAGUAUUAAGCAGCAGUGUUGAUGUCAUUAGAUAUUCUGAGAAUUAAAUGGACUAAAUCCAGUAUGGCUUAAAUGAUUCCUGCUAUUUACCAUGUGAGUUUGGGUCAGGUGAGCCUUCAUGAGAUUGUAUUCAAUGAUGAUUCAUGAUACAACCAUAGAUCUUUAAACAUUUAUAAUUAUUACAAAAGUUUAUCCUCUUUCUUUAUUGACCCUCGGUGAAAUAAUCUUACAUGUUUCCCAACUGUGAAAUUUUAACAUGAGCUUAAUUAGAAAAUUGGUGUUAAUGCAAUCUUCCUCCAUACAUUUAGGUUCUCAAAGUUAGGGAGGUUUUUUCACAACUCCAAAAAGACACUUAAAAUGCAUGAAGUAGAAUAUAAACAAGUGUAUAGGUUGAAAAUAUUUUAAGUGCAUAGACAAAACAAGCCACACAUGGGCCCCUGCAGAUUCAGAUCUGCACCUGUUUCUAAUAGGAAACUCAUAUCCCACAUGUGAAUAAGAAGCAUACUGCUGUGAAUUCAGUCCAGCUCUGUCGGGAAUUUCCUUUAAUAAGCUCAGAUAUUCUUGGAUUUGAUAAGAGUUGCCGGUUUUAUCUUUGUCUGCAAAAACUUAUGACAUAGAGAGAACGUGUGAAAGAAAAGAAAACAGCAGCACAAAAGCUCUGCUGGCAAACUUUGUUUUGGGGUUUAAACUGUUUGUGUUGUUAAAGCUAGACUGGGUCACUUUCAUCCUCCAGAUACUCUUGAGGUCAGCUGGUAAACAUAUGAGUUCUGAUGAACACACAGAUUUCUUGGUAUGUCUGGGCUUUUUCAAAGUAUCACCUCCUAGUGCCAGCUGGGGCUGCCAGGCAUGUGAGGCUGCCCGGCAGAUUUGAGUGGAACAUGUGAUCUAAGGACAGAGAGAGAGAGAGAGCACAUGAUCGUCUUUGUUAUUUCCGUUUUGGAGAUUCUUUGACAUCAGCAGAUUAUGGGCCAACAGCAUCACUAAUGCUGUGAGAACAGGAUCAGGCAUUGCCAAUUAUUGAAACUUUUACAACUAAACUCAAUGAGAGGAAGAUAAAUAGUUGGAUAAAUGGUUGAAAAGGUUGGACAGUUGAAGAGAUCUGUUUGUUAAAGACGCCAAAAGCCUGAUACAGAGUGUAAGGACUUCCUGGUGUUCCUGGCCUGGAUCCUUGGCCUGUCUAAACAUUAUGAUUGACUAAAGGAUUAUUUGAUCAUGCAGAAGUCAACUAAAGCACCAUCAUCUGGUUGCACUUGUUGAGCCAGACAUAAACAGCAGUAUGGCUGUUGGGUUUGGCUGAAGCAUCGACUGAAUGAGUUUGUGUUUCCUGACUUCUCAGGAAUGAUAAAACUUAAUGAGUCAGUCAAAACAUCUUGAAUCCAGACUAAACUGAUCAGGUUUAAUGAUUUUGUUGUGCUGUUGACCUUUAAGUAACAUCAACACUCUACCAUCAUCUUUAUUUAUAGACGGUGAAAUGGAUGGUUUCCCAUCAGCAUCAGGUGUUUUUGGACCAAACAGUUCUGAGGAAGAACAUUUCCUUGUUGUCACAAUCUUUUUGUUUUGUUUUCGUCUGUUAGUUUGUGGACAUAGUUGUAAGGGUCACGGGAACACUCCCUCUUUGUUUUGGAUGCUCGUCAAGCCAUAAAUUCUACUUGGUCCGGUUGUUAGUACAACCACAAACAGCACAUAUGUAGCACUCAAUAAAAAUCUGGCAUAUGCUAAAAACAAGGUAGUAUGAGGUAUUUUAGAUUCGAGACAACUGCUAUCAAUGCUCAGAAACUAAGACUUGCUUCUACGAGAAACCAACUUGAUAACCAACAUAAUUCACAAUUUUUCCUCCACCUACUUACCCCAUAAUACUCCUCUCUGUAUGAGGCUGAUAUGAGAAGAUAAGAGCGCUGCCACCACUCCUUACCAGUGUUAGCUUUGUGAAUGAAAGAAGUUAUUUUCAUAAGCAACUUAUUUAACAAAACAAUAACAAGCUCAAUGGUAUUUAAAACUCUAACAAACACAUGCCUCAAUGAAAUAUGAGACUGAAGUGCUUGUGAAGGACCAUUAAACAUUCUAAAUCCAUGUUUUCACUGCUUCGUAUUGUAUCUGCCACCAAAACUGAAUCAGAGCUUCACUUCAGGCCUGAAACUACAUCAAGCUCUCAAUCAUGGGCACUCACUUCUUUGUGUCUCAAAUCAAUGCAAAAAACAGACACAGACACAACUGUAUGUUUUACAACCACUAAAAAGUAACUUUAUCCCUCCACAGACAGUGUUGCCCAUGAUAUUAAUGAUCCAUUACAAAAUACAGACCAUGUGAUCCAGCAGCAAAAUAAGAAAGUAACAGCUUGUCUGUCUUUGGUUUUAAACAUACAGACAGCAGUAUCGUCAGAUUAUGUCCGGAGUUGUAGACCAAUAAUUAUUUAUACAUACAAUUAUAGAUACAGUUUUUUCAAGUUAUUGAAGUUGUGUGUCAUGUGCAAAUGUAUGUUACAGUCUGUGAUUUUGUUUCCGUCAUGCUGAGAGGAUUUGUUUCAGAGGCUUUACCAUCAGACCAAGCGUUACAGACCAGGCGCCUAAGGUCAUUUAAAUAGAGCCUUUUUUUGUAUUAUUGAUACUCUAUAUUUUCUUUCUUCUCUUCUGGUGGUCUCCUUUUCAUCUGCCAAGCAUUAAAUGAAGCUUACUCUACGUCAUAUGAACUUUCAGCUGCCUGAGCUCCAGAUUUUACGCACAAUAAUAAAACCAACCUGCAAGGGAUGUUUAAGAUACUUCACAGUGAAUGAAAACAGUGGUCCUUAUCGCUCUCUGGUCUUUAUCUCUCUUUGCAUGUCUGCUGUUUUCAUCUCUAAAAUUAAGCUAGAUCAGUGGAUAACCACAUUGAUCUGUCUGCUUUGGUUCAAGACUAAAGAAGCACAACUGUUAUCUGCCUUUGAUGAUCUUUUAACUUUUUCUUCAGCAGCGGGUGCAGACUGAAGUUUUUACUUAUCUAGCUGCAAAUCUUAAUGGCCAGCAUUAUACUAAACAAACUUUUUAUCACAUUUCUAAUGGUCAUAUUCUCGAUUGAAGUACUCCCUUGUUCACCCUGCCCAUAGGCUAAGCUACAGUGGCCUUUAAGGACAAAAAGCUUGGUGACACUAUACUUGACACCUAUCUCUAUAACGUUUUAUAAAUAUAUGUAUAAUGCGUUAUAAUCAUGUUAUAGCACUGUAUAGCUAUAUGAUGUGUUAUAAUUUUCUUAUAAACUUGUGAAACUAUCAUUAUAAACACUCAUUAAUUAUCAUAAGGCUUUGUAGCAAUAAGCAUAACACAUUGUAAAACCUGAACUUACAAGUCAUGAUAAAAUGCUUUAUAAUCUGUUAUGAUUAUUGCUAUAAAGCAUUAUGAUCAUUUAUCAGUGUUUAUAACUAACGUUAUACAGUGCUAUAAUGUGAUUAUAACACAUUAUACAUAUAUUUAUGAUGCAUAAUAGAGAGAGGCAUCAAGUAAAGUGUUACCAAAAGCUCCAUGUUACAUAAUAAAUGAGACCCGCUAGUGACCAAAAUCUAUGCCUCGUCUAAACCUUAUCGUACAGCUGUUAAAAAAGUUUAGAGCAGCUGGUUGUUGUUGCUCUAAGUUUUGGAUUGUUAUCAUAAAAGGUGAUCAUCCGCAUACAAGCUCACCUGAUGCUGAUGAGUUUUUCUGAAGAUCGGACACAGAAAGGCAGAAAGAAACUAUAGGAAGGACGCAGAUAACUGAGCUGCUAAAAGAGUAGAGAUGCAGGUGCACUCUCGAUGUCAGUGGGCCCCUAUCCAUGCCAGUGCACGAGGGGAUUUUUAUGGGCCCCUCUCCCUAUUCAGGCUCUGGGUAGUCUCUGUGAAUGCGAAGCAAAACACCUCCUCUUGCUCAAAGUUUUAACUCUUGGCUUGUUAUUGACCACACCAGAGUAUUUGUGCUAAACAGGGUCUAAACUGUGUGUUUAAUCAGGAAUGCUGUAAAAAUUGUGCCGAAUAGCUUAAGCCAUGCUGUACAUACUGAAAUCAUCUGUAUGGUCCAUGUGUUACUCCGCUGCAGAUUUAUUUUGUGCCUUUGAAGUCUGUGGUCACGUCUCAUCGCUGGCAGAUAGAAGUCAUCUGUAAGGUCAGAGAGUUAAGACUUUGAAAUGCACACAUCACAGAUAAACUCCGGUAUACAACCUGAUGAACCUGGAUCUCACAUGUGCCAGAACAUCAGCACCCGGUUCACCCUGUUUUUUAUGUUUUUUUAUGAAGUCACAGGGAUUCCCAACUUAACAAAUCCAAGACACGUUUACGGUCUGCAGCAGUGAAUCAUGACACUUGGAUGUGAUGACAUGUGAAGGCAAAGGUCUGUUAAGGUUUUAAACCAUCCCUCUCUCACCCUGUCUGUCUCUCUUUCCCCGCCAGCCCUGUUUCCAGCUGCGAGCAGAUUAAAAAGAGGAGCAGCUGCUGUGGACAACCUCACUUUUCACAACUCCCUGAAUGAUGUUAACCUGUUAUUUGAGGUGAGAAAAAUAUUUAAAUUAGUUAGAAUUCUGUUAUUCAUCAAUUUAACCUUAAUCUUUUUUUGUCUUUCAUCGAUUAGAUCCUGCUCGCUGGCACACACUUUGAGACAAGUGGGGAGUUUCUGGUGCACGACGCUGAGCUGGCUUCGCUACGCAAGACGAGAAACCUGGAAGUCAUCUGUGAGGAGAUCAUUCCCAGGAACCUAACAGACAUAAUUACACUCAUCUCUAAUCUUUCAAAUCACGCCGGUCACUUGCACCCAGAAGAUUUUGAGCGCACCCUGUUGACGCUGGUGUUCACCGCCCAGCAGAUGGUCAACGGCAACAAACAACAAAGAGAGAUGUGGGCCGAGUCCUUUGUGAGUUUGUACAAAGCCAUCAAGCAGGAUCUGACAGGAGAGAACUGAAAAGAUUUUGACGAUGCACUGGCUCCAUGUUGGAGUUUAUUAUAUACAUAUUAAACAUGUUUUUGUUUUGGAAAAUAUCCUUUGAAAGUGCACUCCUGGUUUCAAUCAAAUGGUUUUUGAAGCAUCUUAAGUAACUGCAGAUUAUAGUGAACGUAUGUGAAACAUCCUGACAAAAAAAACUGUUUAUAAAGUGCAUAGACUGAAGAAAAACAUAAAAAUAUUGACUCUCAAAGGCAUGUUAUUUCAACAAUGAGGUACUGUAUAUACAUGAAAACAGACUUGGAUUUGUAUGCAAUCAUAUUAACAUGAUGGAUUUACUAUAU